AUGUCAAAUUCAACAAAAACAAUUAGUCUUGUUGACCUUCCAUUUGAACUAGUUCUCAAAAUAAGUAGCUAUCUACGUUUUGCCGACGUUUGGUACCUUGGAACAUGCUCAAAAUUAUACCGUCAAUUGGCUUACCAAAUACUGUUUCAUGACUACAAUAUCAAUCUAAUCAAACCCUUCCUCAUCAACCCUCUCGAUAACCUUAUUCAUGCUGCCGUCGCUUUUCUCAGCCGCCAUUGCUACAGCUCUACAACAAACAAUAUUAACCAAAGCAUUCUGAAUUCAGUUUCAAACCGACUAGCCAAGGAGAUCUACUAUCGCACACCAGAAUCUCCGGAUUUCGGAUCUUCACUUGAAUUCCUGCUUGACAAAUCAUUCAUUACACUUUUCAGCCAUAUAUUCUGUGAUCAGCCCUUGGAGAAUCUCCAGAAGACUGGCUAUCUUGUCCCUGCGCUCAAAAAACGUUAUUUGAAUUUAGAAGAUAAAGCAGCCAACGAACCAGCUCCAACAGCUGAUGAUCCAGGACAAAUAAACGACGAAUCAAUCCAAACAGCUAAUGAACCCAUCCCGACGGUCGAUGAGCCAGCUCAAGUAAUUAAUGAACCAAUCCAAACAGUCAAUGAGCCAGCUCAAAUAGUUAAUGAACCGGCCCAAACAGUCAAUGAGCCAAUUCAAGCACUCGAUGAGCAACUUCAAAUUCUUGAACAACAAGUUCGAAUGCUCAAUGAACCACUUCAAAUAAACUUUCAACCAAUCCAAAUAGUCGUUGAACAAAUUAAAAUAAAAAGAGAAUCACGAUUUACCACUCGAUCGAAUGUAUUGAUUGCCGACUUGAUUACUAAACUUUGCUACAAACUGACACUUCUAUUUUCCCAUCCGAUUAGAAGUAUUUGGCAUAAUGUGUUACUUUCGCACCUCGAACGUAACUUUGAACUCGUGUCUAAAAAAUACAGACAGGCCCACAAAGAGCGAAGAGAAUACACCAAAAGCGAUAUAUCCAGUCCAAACUAUCACAUCUUACUUUUUUUCAUGUUUACCUGCGCCCUCUUUGAAAACAAUCUUAUUGCACCAGCUGAUGUUGACAGCUUACUUUACUACAAAUUGAGGACACUUUUUAUCACAAAGCCCACGGACCUUUCCUUUGGAGGCCCUGCUGUGUUCCAUGUUGACCCUCAGGCUGGAGCUGGUAUAUACGAUCCCAAGAAUCUGCAUUUUAUUUUCAAUCUCUGGCUUUUCGAGACUCAAUAUCGAAUGAGUAUUUUGCUUGAUCUAUCCCAUGCUGCACGCCAUUACUAUAUCAGACUUGGGGACAAUAAUCUCAUCGGGUUUCCCUUGUUGUUUUCAAUGUUCAAGGAAACUGCUGAUUCAUUCAAAGUAAAUUAG